AUGGAAAUAAUCAUCAUUUUUUUCUUCAAGAAUAUCUUUAUUCUUUUUAAUAUUGUCGGUAUACCAGACCAGAUAAUCUAUUGGGAUGGACAGAAUUGGGCCAGAUCCUGUGAUUUCAAUGGAAAUGAUUUGUCUCACAUAGAAAUUCCACCACAACUCUGCGGUCCAGCAUGUCUUCAAACGGAAGAAUGUACUCAUUAUACAUGGACAAAGGAGAAUGGUGGUACUUGUUGGAUGAAAAAGGGUAAUGUUUCCAAGGCUGAUGCAUUCCCAACGAAUGAUACAACCAUGAUCUGCGGUGUUGGAGACGAUAAAGGGCAAGAAAUAACGAAUUACCUGGUAGUAUGGAAUGGAGCAGAUUGGGCCAAGUCAUGUGAUUUCCAUGGAAACAAUCUGUCUCAAGUAGAAAUUCCACCAGAGCUGUGCGGUCCGACAUGUCUUCAGACGAAAUGGUGCACCCAUUAUACAUGGACAACUUUGAAUGGUGGUACUUGUUGGAUGAAAAAAGGUAAUAUUUCCAAGGCUGAUGCAUUUCCAACUAAUGACACAACUAUGGUUUGUGGUAUUAACAAGGAUGGGCGGGAAGGUGUACCCAUUUCUAACAUUCAAUGGAACGGACAGAAUUGGGCUACAUCCUGUGAUUUUAAUGGAAACGACCUGUCUCACGUCAAGAUUAAACCAGAGCUGUGCGGUCCGACAUGUCUUCAAACGCAAGAAUGCACUCAUUAUACAUGGACAACUUUGAAUGGUGGUACUUGUUGGAUGAAAAAGGGUAAUAUUUCCAAGGCUGAUGCAUUCUCAACUAACGAUACAACCAUGGUUUGUGGUGUUAACAAGGAUGAUCAGAACGUUGUACCGACUCCCACCGUUCAAUGGAAUGGACAGACUUGGGCUCGAUCGUGUGAUUUCAGUGGAAAUGAUCUCUCUCACGUCGAAAUUUCACCGGAACUUUGUGGUCCGACAUGUCUUCGUACGAAAGACUGCACUCAUUAUACAUGGACAACUUUGAAUGGUGGUACUUGUUGGAUGAAAACGGGUAGUAUCUCUAAAAAUGAUGCAAUUUCAACUAAUGAUCCCGAUAUGAUCUGUGGUAUAACAAGUAGUGAAUAA